AUGGAAGCUUCAAAAAGUAACUAAGGUAGCGCACUUGAAGAGGAAAGUAAAGAACCUAACUAACUUAUCAAAGGAAUGAGAUCAUUAUAGUUCAAGAAAAUAGUUCAAGAUCUACACUCAAAGAGAUCAUGGAAGGAAAUUAUAAGUAAUGAUGAAGAAAAAAAAAUUAAAGAUGGUCUUCACACUCUGAGCUACACUAAGCCAUCAAUCAUUCAGGCUGCUGCUAUACCUAAAAUCAGAGCAAGUCCUAAUGAAAACUUUCUUUUCUAAUCGGGAAACGGAAGUGGUAAAACUGGAGCUUUCUGUGUCCCAGCUAUUUUCGCUGUAGAUCCAUCUAGUACUGAUUAUUAAGUAAUAAUUCUUGCUAACUCUAGAGAGCUAAUUAGACAAAUCAAACAAGUUUUAGAUGUAUUGUCAAAGAAUACAGGAAUCAAAAUAGAGAUUGGAGAAGAUGCAGAAAUAAAGCAGUGCUAGAUUCUAGUAACUACUCCAAAUUAUUUCGCUAACAAGCUGACAGGGAGAACAAGCAUCAAACUAAGAGCCAUAAAACUAGUUGUUUUCGACGAAGCUGAUGAAAUAUUCAAGCAUUAAAGUAACCUUGAAAUUUUGGAGGUCUUGGUGAAUUAUCUAAAGUCAAACACUCCUUUUCCUUAGUAUGUACUAUUUUUAGCGACAUUGGAUGAUGAAGUAAUUGAAAAUAUUAAGUCAAUAGUGACUGAAUUUAACUCCUUCAAGCUGAAGAAAGAAGCAUUGGUAUUAAAAGGUGUAUGCCAAUAUUACUUAGUUGCAGAUAUCAAGAAGAGGAGAGAAUUUUUACAAAAAUACUUUGAUAUGUUCAAGUAGUGUGCAAUGAUUUUCACUAAUCAAAAGAAAACUGCAAUUUUCAUUUAAGAUGCUUUGAAAGAAUUAGGUAAUUCAACAGAAAUGCUUAUUGGAGGUGGAACUAUGUCUUUCUAAGAGAGAGAUAGGAUUAUUGAUGGUUUUAGAAAGUAAUCAUUUCACGCUUUGAUUAGUACAAAUGUACUAGCAAGAGGUAUUGAUGUACCAGAAGUCGAUAUAGUAAUAAAUUUCGAUAUUCCAGUGACCUCAAAUGAGGGCUACUACGAACCAGAUUAUGCAAAUUAUCAGCAUAGAAUUGGGAGAACUGGAAGAUUUGGAACUGAUGGUUUAGCACUUACUUUUGUAGAAAACGAUAAUGAUGGAGUUAAUAUGGGGCAUUUGAAGAGUAUUGAGACACACUAUGGAACUGAAAUCAAAGAAGUUAAGUCUAUUGAAGAAUUCCUAGAAAUAUAUCGGGCUAUGAGACCAUAUCUAUUUGUUUAUAAUGAUUCAAAAUAGGGUUUUGAUAUUUGA